AGAUGUUUGUGGUCUGACGGAACACUUUCUGGGACAAAACUUCUAGCGUUAAAAAGUGAGAGAUUCAGGAAGAUACUGAUCAGAGGAGCAAAUAACUAUUAAAAAUAUAUACAUUCAUUGUCCUAAUGUUGACAGUUGCUAAAUGCAUUUUUUCUCUCAAUUAUUCCAUGAUUUCUAACAUAGUAAGUAAGGAUCCAGGAUCAGGGCAGGCAGGGGACCUGGACGUGCAGCCAAGCCCACCAAGGAUGCACUGAGCUGGGGAACAUCUGUUGAGGCCUCCCCCUAGCACUGCCAUGGCAGCUGACCCUUCACCUCCAAACACCGUCCCUCUGGGCUCCCAGGUACACGCAGCCGCCGUCAACGGAGACCGGAGUGUACUCCUCAGACUCAUCACAGUGGAUCCCUCCCUGCGUGACCGUGAGGACCAGUUUGGGCGUACCCCACUGAUGUACUGUGUCCUGGCUGACCGUCUGGACUGUGCUGAGACACUGCUGAAGGCGGGAGCCUCUGUUAACAAGACUGACCAUAGCCAACGUACUGCCCUGCACCUGGCAGCACAGAAGGGGAACGUGCGGUUUCUGAAGCUGCUCCUGUCGCGUCGUGCUGAUUGGCUGCAGAAGGAUCUAGAGGAGGUAACACCCCUCCACCUGGCGACCCGUCACCCCUCCCCCAAACCCCUGGCCUUGCUGCUCAAACACAUAGGACCUGGAGAGGUGGAUACACAGGACAAGAACAAGCAGACUGCGCUCCACUGGUCAGCGUUCUAUAACAGGCCAGAGCACGUCAGACUGCUCAUCAAACACGACUCCAACAUCGGCAUCCCAGACAGUGAGGGCAAGAUCCCCCUACACUGGGCUGCACACAGCCAGGAGCACACCGCUAUACACACCGUCCGCUGCAUACUGGAGGCGGCUCCUACCGAGUCUCUGUUGAACUGGCAGGACUAUGAGGGGCGCACGCCUUUGCACUUUGCGGUUGCCGACGGCAACGAGGCAGUGGUGGAGGUGCUGACAUCGUAUGAAGGCUGCAGCGUCACGGCGUACGACAACCUGUUCAGAACCCCGCUGCACUGGGCUGCACUGCUGGGACAUGCCAAGAUAGUGCACUUGUUGUUGGAGAGGAACACGUCAGGCACCAUCCCCUCAGACAGCCAUGGGGCCACACCUCUACACUAUGGAGCUCAGAGCAACUACGCUGAGACGGUGGGUGUGUUUCUGUCCCACCCCUCUGUGAAAGACGAGCCAGAUCUGGAGGGCCGAACAGCGUUCAUGUGGGCUGCUGGCAAAGGAAGCGAUGAUGUCAUACGCACCAUGCUGACACUCAUGCCUCACAUUGACAUCAACAUAGCCGACAAGUACGGAGGCACUGCGCUGCACGCGGCCUCUCUGUCAGGUCAUGUGAGUACAGUGAGGUUGCUGUUGGAGAGAGGAGUCAUAGUGGACAGUCUAGACGUGAUGAAACACACGCCUCUGUUCAGAGCCUGUGAGAUGGGACACCGCCACAUCAUCCUCACACUUAUCAAAGGCUCUGCUCGUGUCCACCUGGUGGAUCUAGAUGGACACACUGCUCUGCACUGGGCGGCUCUGGGGGGGAACGCUGAAGUCUGCCAGUUGCUGAUGGAGAAUGGGAUCAGUCCUAACGUCCAGGACCAGGCAGGCAGGACUCCUCUCCAGUGUGCUGCUUAUGGAGGGUACAUCACCUGUAUGGCUGUACUACUCAUGGAGAACAACACGCACACACACACCGACCCUAAUAUACAGGACAAAUACACACACAGACAUACAGGUCUGCAGGGCAGGACAGCUCUCCACUGGUCCUGUCCUAUUGUGUGUGUCUGCAGGGCAGGACAGCUCUCCACUGGUCCUGUCCUAUUGUGUGUGUCUGCAGGGCAGGACAGCUCUCCACUGGUCCUGUCCUACCGUGUGUGUCUGCAGGGCAGGACAGCUCUCCACUGGUCCUGUCCUACUGUGUGUUUCUGCAGGGCAGGACAGCUCUCCACUGGUCCUGUCCUACCGUGUGUGUCUGCAGGGCAGGACAGCUCUCCACUGGUCCUGUCCUAUUGUGUGUGUCUGCAGGGCAGGACAGCUCUCCACUGGUCCUGUCCUACCGUGUGUGUCUGCAGGGCAGGACAGCUCUCCACUGGUCCUGUCCUACCGUGUGUGUCUGCAGGGCAGGACAGCUCUCCACUGGUCCUGUCCUACCGUGUGUGUCUGCAGGGCAGGACAGCUCUCCACUGGACAGCUCUCCACUGGUCCUGUAACAAUGGGUAUCUGGAUGCUGUGAAGCUGCUGCUGAACUCUAAUGCCUUCCCCAACCACAUGGAACACAACGAGGAGAGGUACACCCCCCUGGACUACACCCUCCUAGGGGAACACAGUGAGGUGACUCAGUACAUGUUGGAGCAUGGAGCUCUGUCUAUAGCGGCCAUCCAGGACAUCGCUGCUGCUUCCAUCCAGGCCCUGUAUAAAGGAUACACCGUCCGCAAGGCCUUCACCGAGAGGAAACAACUACUGAUGAGACACGAACAGCUACGCAAGGACGCAGCCAAGAAACGCGAGGAGGAGCAGCGGAGGCGGGAGGCCAGAACAGAGAAACAGAGGAUGUUAUUGGCCCGCGCUGAGCAGGAGCAGCUGUCAUUGGCUGAGACUAUGAAGGAACUGUCAGUGUAUGAGAGAGAGGCAGGGGGCGGGGCUAAUACAGCCUCCAAAGCAGAACAGACCAAUAGCAAAGAGGAGACAUGGAAACAUAGAGCACAUAGAAGCAGACCCUCCAGGAGAGGGAAGGAGGCGCAGCCAGCCAAAGGCCCUGACCCCGUGGUGACCCCUCACCCCUCAGUGACCUCUGACCCCAUGCCCCCUGCCCAAGGGUCUAGGGUCAGGGAGCGUCUCUCUCCUGCAGGCUGCAGCCGACCCCCCAGCCCAAAACACAGACCCCCCACCACACCCAGGACCAAGAGACUAACCUCUGCAAACACACACACUCCCUCCAACACACACACUCCUUCCAAAACACACACUACCUCCAACACACACACUCCUUCCAACACACACACUCCUUCCAAGACACACACUCCCUCCAACACACACACUCCUUCCAACACACACACUCCCUCUAACACACAUACUCCUUCCAAAACACACACUACCUCCAACACACACACUCCUUCCAACACACACACUCCUUCCCACACACACACUCCAUCCAACACAGACACGUCUACUCGCCCCACCAUGGAUCAAGAAGCCCCCAGCACCAGGGAACGCACCCCUAGAAGCAAGAGAGACACACACACCAACACACACAACCCCAGACACAGAACACGCCCUGCCACAGACCAUACCACCUACUCCUACAAGAACCACGCUAAAGCCUCCACACAGUCACACCGCCCCAGCAGCAAGCCCAGGGAGGGGGACAGAGACCAGGCUGCCUGCACUAUCCAACGAGCCUGGAGGAGGUUCCAUGUGCGAGGCAGAUUGAGGGAGGCUUUUGGUGCUGGGAAAAGAGUGGAGCCACCUGAGGUCGCCUCCCUCCUGAUCCAGCUGCUCUGGGAUAGGCCGGCUUUCCCUGGUCACACCCCUAUUAGGACCAAGCCUGAGGCCACAGUUCCACCCACCAAGACAGCAGCCAAGAGCUCAGUGCUGCAAAGCAUCUAUGGAGGUUCUGUGGCCCGAAGGGGGCGCUCUCUCGGGGGUUCUCAGUCUCAGAUACUACUGGACCUGUCACUACGCACACACAGCCAAUUGAGCAGUGUGGAGUGUGUGCACCUGUGUGAUGCAGUGGGGCAGGCCAGGCAGUACUCCUACCACCUCAGACCCCACAGCGCUGGACAGGGCCGGGGGAAACACUGACGACUACACACACACACCCUGCAUGUGUACUUCGUGGCUCAGUUGGUAGAGCUUGGUGCUUCUAAUGCUAGAGUACUGGGUUCGAUUCCCAGGACCAGCCAUAUGUAAAAUGUGUGACUGAGUUGCUUUGGAUAUAAGCAUCUGCUAAAUGGCAUAGUUGUCUUGAAAUGAUUUACCCAACUGCCUUAUCAUGGUGGAGUUAUUGGCCAGAUUGUAAACAGAGCAUCUAUAUACUGACAAGAGGGGGGGGGGCAAUGGUGUAACUAUAUGAAUAUGUUUCUGCAGAGGUGGGAACUCUUGAGGGCAGGUUUGCAUGUGAACAAUGCUGAUAUAACGGACUUCUCAGAGAUGCCGCAUGUGUUCACUUAUCAGUACAGUUGUAAUAACCUAAAUAUUACAAAAUGUAUAUUAAGUCAAAUAAUCAGGCCAAGAACUCCUCCAUGGUUAAUACUGGGCACAGAGAGUACAAUCUGAGAGGAAGAGGCUAUGCAAGAAAAUACAGCAUGACGCUCAUUGACCACCAUAUAAAACAUCCCCAAUUGGUCUGUCUUGCAUAGCCUCUUCCUCUCAGAUUGUACUCUCUGUGCCCAGUAUUAACCAUGGAGGAGUUAUUGGCCUGAUUGUUUAUACUACUGGACACAGGAAGAGAGGACAAAGUUAUGAGACCUCACAGUCAUGACCUCACAGGGCGGAGUUAAGUCAACCGACAUGGUAUGUGUGCAAAAUCAUUUCAACCAUACAGAAAAUGAACACACACACACACAGAGAUAACCUUUCCUCCCAUGUGGAGAAUGAGGCAGUCUGUCAACAGCCGGUCAUACAGCCAGCCCACCUGCAGACGCUGACACACACGCCUGCUUGCAGACACACACGCUUCCCGUCAGCCAUAACACUUGUACUAGGUUGUAGUCAACUCUACCUCAGUAUCUACCUGAGCAGGUUCCCACAGGCAUGCAUGCCCCUCCCACUUUCCCCCCUCAGCCAUAAUAGUAGGUACACAGAUGUACACAAGGUCAUUUAGGUCCAGAGGGUACACGUGUACCUGUGCUUUCUCUGUAGGACUCUGUGGAGGGGGGUAUAUUUAUGCAUUUUAUACACACUCCGUUACUCUUUAAUUGUGUAUUAUACAUCACUUCCUGCCUUAAAGAGAUAGUUGACUUAAAGUUAGCCAGAUGUUUGUGGCACCUCAUCAAGAUGAACUGUCACUUAAGAUAGAAACUGUGUUUUAGUGUUGAUGCUGUUCACUCUGAUGCACUACUGUUGAGACACUAUCAGAUGCCAAGGCUUUACAUUUAUGAAUGAAUACCAACCUCAAUGUUAAUGUCCAUGUUGUUUUUCUACUCUUUUAGAAAAUUUCUCAAAUAAAUACAUUGACAAGUU